AUGCAGACGAAAAACAACGACAACCGUUCGAUUGACCGGAGCUCCGGCUUUAAUCGACGGACAGGAAUCUAUCACAGCCUUCGUCCUUCUCUUUCUCUACCUCCUAUCGAUCAACCUCUCUCCGCUGCCGAAUUCGCGCUUUCUCUUCUCCGCAACUCCUCACCACCCGCCACCGCCGGAAAAGAAAUCGGAGCACUUACUUACCUUGUAAACUCGAGCUCUGGUGAUAGCUUAACUUAUGGUGAGCUUCUUCGUGGUGUUCGUUCUCUUGCUGUUUGUCUCAGGGAGCGAUUUCCUUCUCUUUCAUCUAGAGAUGUAGCUUUUAUCCUCUCUCCACCUUCGUUGCAUGUACCGGUGCUUUACUUGGCUUUAAUGUCGAUCGGCGUUGUGGUUUCGCCGGCGAACCCAAUCGGAUCUGAUUCGGAAGUGAGUCAUCAGGUUGAAGUCAGUAAACCGGUAAUUGCUUUCGCGACAUCGCAGACGGUUAAGAAGUUUCGUUCAUCUUCUUCUUUACCUCUCGGAAUCGUUCUGAUGGAAUCGCCUGAGUUUCUCUCCUGGUUAUCUCGACCGGAUUCUUCAACGGUCAACCCGAUUCACGUUCGGGUCAACCAAUCGGACCCUGCCGCGAUCCUCUUUUCUUCGGGAACAACCGGGCGGGUCAAAGGCGUUCUUCUCACCCACCGUAACCUAAUCGCCUCAACGGCGGUAAUUCACCAACGGACUAUCGAAGAUCCGGUUGAUUACGACCGUGUUGGGCUGUUUUCGCUACCGCUUUUUCACGUGUUUGGCUUCGGGAUGAUGAUCCGAGCCAUUUCGCUUGGAGAGAAACUGGUGCUUCUAGGGAGAUUUGAGCUCGAGGCGAUGCUUAAGGCGGUGGAGAAGUAUAAGGUCACUGGUAUGCCUGUAUCUCCGCCGUUGAUUGUGACGUUGGUCAAAUCGGAGCUAACAAAUAAGUACGAUCUCCGGUCGUUACGUUCACUAGGCUGCGGCGGUGCUCCUCUUGGGAAAGACAUCGCCGAGAGGUUCAAGCAGAAAUUCCCCGACGUGGAUAUUGUCCAGGGUUAUGGCUUGACAGAGAGCACCGGGCCAGCCUCAGCGACGUUUGGACCUGAAGAGAUGGUGAGAUACGGCUCAGUUGGUCGUAUCUCUGAGAAUUUAGAAGCUAAGAUCGUUGAUCCAUCCACUGGAGAAGCUUUACCACCGGGAAAGACCGGUGAGCUCUGGCUCCGAGGACCAGUCAUUAUGACAGGUUAUGUGGAAAACGAGAAAGCAACUGCUGAGACAUUAGAUCAAGAAGGGUGGUUAAAGACUGGUGAUCUCUGUUACAUUGAUGCAGAGGGGUUUCUAUAUAUAGUUGAUCGGCUAAAGGAACUGAUCAAAUACAAGGCUUAUCAGGUUCCACCGGUAGAGUUGGAGCAGAUUCUUCACUCGAAUCCGGACGUGGUUGAUGCUGCAGUUGUUCCGUUUCCGGACGAGGGUGCAGGAGAGAUUCCAAUGGCUUUCAUAGUGAGAAAACCAGGAAGCAAUCUCAACGAAGCGCAAAUCAUUGAUUUUGUGGCUAAACAAGUUGCUCCGUACAAGAAAGUACGACGAGUUGCUUUCAUAAACGCAAUUCCAAAAAAUCCUGCUGGGAAGAUUCUUCGUCGGGAGCUUACUAAAAUCGCUGUCGAUGGAAAUGCGUCUAAGCUUUGA